AUGCCACACGAACAGAUACAGAGUCUGCGCGAACCUAUCCCUCCAACCCCUUCAAAACUCCUCGCAGAUCGCACCGCAGUUCUCCAGAAAUAUCCACUUCGAAGACCCAUGUCAUGGCGACACUCCCUCAUUCCUCGACCUCUUGUUCACCGACUUUUCCCACUCAUUUCUCCUUUACCUAGCGAUACACCAUCUGCGUCUUUCUAUCGCCUUUAUCAAUUCUUCGUCAUAGACUGGACAGUCCAAUUCCGCAACGAGCUCGAAUAUUUCUGGACGCAGUCUCAACCCGAUUGGGCGCUCUCAGCUCUACCCGAUCCAUAUCCCCAUAAUAAAUCCACCACAGGCUUUGCAACUGACGCAGACGAGGCACUUCAAUACGCCAUCAUGGCUGGAUUAUGUUAUAUCAUGGAGAAGGCAUACAACCGCCUGAUUAUGAAAGGGCUACCCCGCGAUGCACCUGCUGUUGUGGAUGACUUUGAGGAGCUGCGGACACGCCCGAAACACCCAGAGAAGGUCCCAGCAUGGGCAGAAGCGGUCGUUCCACUCGGUGAGAUUAUGGAUAUCCCUGACUCGGAGGGGAACGUGCCUACGGAUGAGGAUGCUGAUGAAGAUUUUCUCCGUUUUGGAGUACGGGUGGCGACGCCUCAUUGGGUUUUUGUUUGA